AAGAUUCUAUCGAACAAUUAUAUGCCUUUUUCUACAACCCAUACCCAAAACAUAUUGUCAACGACGGAUGGAGCGUAUACGAUCCUUUAAGGGAAUUCGAGCGGAUGGGAGUAACAAAAAAUGUUGCAUGGCGGUUUUCGACUGUCAAUAGGAAUUAUGAUCUUUGUCCGUCUUACCCAAGAAUCCUAGUUGUGCCAUCGAAAAUAAGUGAUGCCGUCCUUUCGCAUGCAUACAAGUUUCGCAGUAAAGGUCGGAUUCCGACUUUGAGUUAUUUACAUUGGGCGAAUCAGUCUUCUAUAACACGCUCAAGCCAACCAAUGGUUGGAAUAAAACUGAAGCGUUCUCCGCAAGACGAGAAGCUAAUCGAAGCCAUCUUCCAAACGAACAGACUCUUUGUUGAUGGACAAACUAAAACAGUCUACGGAUCAACACAACGCAAUCUGAUCGUAGACGCACGUCCAACUAUAAAUAUCAUGGCCAACAGAGCAAUGGGUGCAGGAACAGAGCAUAUGGAUAAUUACAAAAAUUGCCAGAAACAACAAAUGGGAAUCGAUAAUAUUCAUGUGAUGAGAGAAUCUUUGGCGAAGAUUGUUGAUGUAAUCCAGUCAUCCGAUAUCCAACGAAUUCCAAUAAAACGUUCUCUCUUGGACAAAUCCAACUGGCUCAAGCACAUAAGUACUCUUCUCGAAGCAGCCGUGAUCAUAGUUAAUCAUAUUCACGUUUGCAACUCACACGUACUAGUCCAUUGCUCAGACGGAUGGGAUCGCACUGCACAAUUGACAUCCAUAGCUGAACUCUGUCUCGACCCUUACUAUCGCACACUUCGCGGGUUUCAAGUACUUGUUGAAAAAGACUGGAUAUCGUUCGGCCACAAGUUCAGUGAUCGCUCAGGACACCUGUCGAAUGAGAAAUAUUUUAUCACAAUAUCAAACAGCAAUGCCAAGAAUAUGAAUAGUUUGUAUGAUCAAUCACACGUUAGAGAAACCUCACCAGUGUUUCACCAAUUCCUAGAUUGCGUUUAUCAAUUGUUGCGUCAGUUUCCAGAUAGGUUUGAGUUCAAUGAGAAGUUUCUGAUUGAAUUGCAUUAUCACGUGUAUUCAUGUCAGUUUGGGACAUUUCUGUUUAAUUCGGAAAAGGAACGGGUACAGUAUAAUGUGGUAGCAUCCACCAAUUCGUUGUGGGAUUAUAUCAACUCCAAAGCCGAAGAGUUUACGAAUGAAUCGUAUGAUGGAGGAGCCAAGGAUACAGAAGAGAUGGGUGAUGGAGCAGUAUUAUUUCCCAGGACAAAGACAAGUGAUUUAAAGUAUUGGGCCGGGUUGUUUGGUAAGAAAGACGAGGAAUUGAACGAUUGGCUGACAUGGAGAUCAGAGAGCCCGCCACCUUGUCCACCGACUACUCCGACCGUAAUGAGCGUGUCAUUUGGUGCACACAAAGAUGAUGAACUAAGUAGAGACUGGCUAAUUAUCUGA